AGAAGGGUCUGUGAGAUGUGGGGGGGGGAAGGUCUGUGAUUGGAUUCUGUUAAAUCUGUAUUAGAUUCUGUGAGGUCUGAUUGUAUUAUUGGAUCUGUAUGUCUGAGAUAUACAGUUAAUUGCACUGUGUGUGAGCUGCACCUGGAUCUGUGAGAUAUGGUGAGAUUCCAUGAGACUGGCAGCCUUCUCCAAUGUCUCCAUAGGAUUGUGUGGGAAUUUGGGAUUAACUGGGGUCUGUAAGAUUUUCAUUUUAAAUGGAGCGCUCUGGGAUCUGAAAUUAAUCGUGACAGAAUUUGGAUUGGAUCUUGUAUUUGCAGGAUUUACAGUAGUUCCUGUACUUCUGGGUUGGACUCAUCUCCCCAUUCAGUUGCACAGUGUGUAGGGUGGGGAGGAGGCAGUCACUGCUGGAGACCCCUGUGCUCAGGGAACAUCAAGUCUAAACAUGAGGCUCAUUCACACUCUAUUUGUGCUGCUUUUCCUUCUCUCAUGUUAUGGGCAGGACACUCAGCUCAGAACCACUGGACCCUUUGUACCUGACCCAGAUCCACCAGAACCAGGGAAAUCUGCUGUGCAGCCUGGGAUCCAACUCCCAAUUAAUGCUGGGGCCCAGUCACUGACUCCAACUGCACACGGGAACCAACUAAACUCACGGGCAGCCCAGCAGGACCCAGGUCACCUGCCCCAUGGAACUGUGGGUAAUCCUUCACUGAAAGCAACACAACCUCUAGGAGUUCAGACCUUGGGUGACAAUGUUGAUUCUGGCAGCUCCCCCAAUUCAGUUCCAGAUGUCGAUGAAUGUGCAGGUCCUGAGUCUCCCUGCGGAUUAUACUCCAACUGCACCAACACUGUGGGUUCCUAUCUGUGCCGCUGUCUUCGGGGCUUCCUUAGAGGUCCAAAUGGGUGUGAGGAUGUAGAUGAGUGCCAGUUGGCUGAAGUGACCGGCCUACAAGCUUGCCCCCCACACUCCUCCUGCAGAAACACCCUGGGUUCAUUUGCUUGCGCCUGUGAUCCCGGCUUUGUAUUUGGACUGGAUGGGAAGAGCUGUGUCGAUAUUGAUGAAUGCUCCUUUGAGGAGAAAUGUCGCCGUGAAUUAGGAAACUUGUGCGUCAACACAGAGGGGAGUUAUCGCUGCCGCUGCCUGACGGGAUUUCGGGAGACCGGACAGGCUUGUGUAGAUAUCGAUGAAUGUACCGAGAACCCGUCUCUUUGCUCCGGCCUGGGGGUCUGUGACAACUCACUGGGAAGCUAUAGCUGUGGGUGUCAGCCGGGCUUCCGAGGAAAUGGAACUUACUGUGAAGAUGAGAAUGAGUGCGCAUCGGGAGGACACGGCUGUGAUGCCAACGCCCACUGUGGAAAUAUCAUUGGAUCCUACUUCUGCCAGUGUUACCAGGGAUUUAAUGGGGAUGGACACAACUGCUUUGACAUCGACGAGUGCUCCCUAAAUAAUGGAGAUUGUCCCCAUUCGUGUGUGAAUCAGGCGGGCAGUUAUAAGUGCCAGUGCCACCCUGGGUACCAACUGCAGGAUGAUGCCAAGAACUGUACUGAUAUUGAUGAGUGUGAGACAACCAAUGGGAAAUGUGCCCAAAUCUGUGACAAUACGGACGGCUCCUAUGCCUGCUCAUGCCGCAAAGGUUACCAGCUCCAUGUGGACCUCAAACAAUGUAUUGAUAUUAAUGAGUGUAAAAUUGAGAAUGGAGGCUGCUCUCACACCUGCAACAACACGGAAGGAGGUUUCCUGUGCCUGUGCCCCCCUCACCAAGCGCUGGCCAAGGACUCAAGGACCUGCAUUAACAUCACAUCGUGUAGUACGAGGAAUGGCGGUUGUGACCAUGUGUGUAGCCAGAAGCAGGAAGGCGUCUUUGAAUGCAGUUGUCGGGCUGGUUGGGUGCUCAGCACUAAUGGAAGGACGUGUGAAGAUGUAGAUGAAUGCGCCGAUUUCACGCGUGGGGGGUGUGAACAGGAAUGUGAGAAUUUGCCUGGAACAUUCAACUGCAGCUGCUCCAAAGGCUUCUCCCGGCGCUCCGAUGAGCCCACCAAGUGUCAGCCGUUGUGUACCCCCCCGUGUCAAAACUAUGGCGUGUGUGUGGCUCCAGAUACCUGUGACUGUCCCGCUGGAUACCCUGGACCUGGUUGCUCAGCCAUGUGCUCCCCACCUUGUGCCCAUGGAGGAACUUGUAUGAGACACAACAUGUGCCAGUGCCCAACUGGAUGGACAGGACCAGGCUGCCAGGCAGCGGUGUGUGAGUUGCCCUGUGCCAAUGGAGGGCGCUGUGUGGCCCCAGAUAGUUGCCAAUGUGCAUUUGGAUACAGUGGAGAGCAGUGUCUGACACCACUGUGCUCUCCCCCCUGUUUAAAUGGAGGAAAGUGCAUUGACGUGAACAAGUGCGUGUGCCCAGUUGGUUGGUUUGGGGCCCGAUGCCAAAUUGAACCGGUCCGAUGUGAGAAGGAGUGUCUUAAUGGGGGCAAGUGUGUUGGGUACAACUCUUGCCGCUGCCCCGCUGGUUUCCUGGGGCCACAGUGUGAAACAGCUGUCAUUGAGCCUUGCGUCCCACCUUGCAAACAUGGAGCCACCUGCAAGCAAUUCAAUAAGUGCCAGUGUGCGGAGGGGACCACAGGGCAUCGCUGUGAGAAGCUAACUUGCCCUAUUGUCACAACUAAACUGAGCACAGCGAGAGCCAUCCGACAAGGAGUAAGAGAGAGCUACGUUGAGCGAUGUGGUCCUCUAGGAGUGCAGCUUUGUACCAAAUACAGAAUCAAUCAGGUCCGAGUUUAUGUUCAGGCUUACGUGGUUGGCUACAAAAUCCAGUGUCCCGCCAAACACAGGCAGUAAAGAAGUAAAGUGAAGUAUCUCAAUAUUCUCUCCAAGAAACAAGAGGUGAAACAAUCUCGGGGUUGGUUCUGCACAACAACUUCUCUUGGUUCCUGUUCCUCACACAGAUCCCAACACUGAAUGUCUGGGGCAAAUGGGCCCCUGGGAAUCACUCAUGUUUGUUCCUUAAUGUCUCUACCUUUACUAUCAUUACUAUCAUUUCUCAAUAAAUCAGUUUGUAAAUAA